AUGAAGGUACAACUGCAGCAGCUGAUUGCCAGUGCUGCAAAAGCCAAGCGAAGAAAAUAAAAAAGAAUUGACGUUUAUGUUUUGAACAUUAUUAAAUGCAAAAAUGAGCAGCUCAAAGAAGACGAAAAAGGUUAGCGAUCAAAUUCCCAAACCCAUUGGUAUUAAGAAAGAGAAACUUGAAGAGGAUCGUACACUACAUCAUAUUUCCCACUAUAUUGAUGACCGUUUGGAGCUGGUGAAACAAAUCUUCGCCACAUUGAAGCCGAAGACAAUUAUUAACUUGGCUCCAGAGUUCUUAAAGAAAGCCCCUUUGGAGGAAAUUGAGGAACGCUGCUUGGAUGAAUUGCUGUGCAUAUCCACUAAGCGCCUAAAGUCCAUCAUAGAGGACAAACCUUGUCCCUCAGACACAGAGAGUUCUGAGGAUUCGGAUGUACAGCAUAAGGAAGAACACAUAUCCCUAGAGGAGAUAUCAUCAGACAGUGAUAUAGGUGGCCAUGACACACGGAGAGCUAAGAAAAAGAAACUGGUUAGUGGCAAAAAACCUAUCAAAAAGGAACAAAACGAAGAAAACGAUGGCCAAAUCAGUGUUUUGGAACUUCUGGAGCUGCAGGCUCGUGCCAGAGCCAUUCGCUCUCAGUUGGCCAUGGAACCGAUAACUAAAAUCGAGGUUAAAUCAGAUGACGAGGAUGAAGAUACUCCUGCUGAAUCAAAUAGACAUAAACAAGGGGAAAAAUCGAAAAGUAAAUCUUCGAAAAGUGCCAGUAAAGGCCGCGAUAGAUCGGGAUCUCAACGGAAACGUAAAUCUAGCGAGCGACUUGUCCAAAUAAAUGAUGAUAGUAGCCGAGAAGGAACAACGAAGAAGAUUAAGAUCAAGCGUAACUAUCGGCAAUCUAACAAGACGCCAGAGAGGGAGGUAAUUGAGGAAAUUACAGAAGUGACCAUAAGAGAUUCCCCUGCAAAAGAUCGAUCGCGCUCAGCUUCGCCAGAUGUCAUACCCAUACAAACAGAGACUGAAACAUUGUUAAUUAGCGAUAGUACAGAUGAAGAUGAACAGAAUAAAGACAAAGGACAACAACAGGACAACAAUCAAAAGGCCGCUUUGGAGCAGCUGCCGCCGCCGCCAUUGGCUGAACCAGCUGAACCAGCUGUGGAGAGUGAGCCCGAGGAGGGUGAGGUGAGAGAUGAAGUGGAAACUGAAGAAAAGCCUGGCGAAAAUACAGAAGCGCCUUCUCUCGAGAAGGAGGCAGAAAAGGAAACUACUACUGAAGUUGAGGAUCCAAUACCACCAACUGAGGAAUCUCCAAAAGUGUCAAUCGUCGCCGAGGAGAAUUCCAAUUGUAGCCAACAGAGUCAAGUGGUUACCAGUGGCGAAGCAGUAGCUCUAUCUCUAAUUGAGGAUGAGGAUCAAAACGAUGAUGUCAUCUCCAUUGGAGGUGACCUAGAGAAUGAAAUGAUUGAACAACUGGCCAAGGAAGAACCAACGCCGAGCAUCAAGUCUGAGACGGGGAGAGAGAAAAAAUCAAAUGACAGUCAAGAAGAUGAAAUGGAUAACGAUGUCAUAUCCCUGGACACCAGCGAGGAUGAUCAUGAGAAGCUACAGCCGGAGAAUUCAGAGUCCUGGCGCACACGCUAUCUAAAGAGCUCCAAGGUCAGUCAGGUACUUGCUGAAUCGCGAUUAGGUAAACGCGUGCGUGAUAAAAUCAAGAAAUCGAAGCGUGCCCAAAAGCAUGAUAAAGACGGUAAAGACGCCUCCGCCUCCAAUGCCGGCAACGAUGAGCAGAAAUCAAAGGCAGGAGGAGACCAGCAGUUUGCCUCCAAGCAUGAGGAUGGCUCCAUAGAGCAAUAUCAAGAACUUUUACAGCACCGCCAGCGUAAAAGUUCCAACAACAGCAGCAAAAGCGAUAAAUGACUCGCACCACAACAAUAAGAGCUCAAAACAGAAACGUACUCUCUUAUACCCUGCAACUAACUAAAGAAAAAAAAAAUAAAUUAAAUGAGACAAUUAAUAUUAGACUUUAAAUAACCAUUGAUGAAGAAACUCAUCUACUACCAAUUGGAUUAAUCUUAAUCUUAAUCUUUCUUAUCUUAGCUGCUAAAUUUAAAUCUUUAAUUCUUUUUUUUUUUUG